AAUUCCAGACUUUCUUCUCUGUUCGAACUCGAAGAAAGUUGAGAAGAAAUUCACUUUCUGUUCGAAGUACAUCCCUACCAACCACUGACUCUGAGUGAUUUAGAUCUAAACCCUGUCUCCGAUUCUCCGUUACUCUCAGUCUCUCGUUCGUCGCCGACGCCGUUGCUCGCCGCAUCUGUCAGACUCCAUCGCCAUCGCUACAGAGUGAGCUCGCCGCGUCUGGUUACUGGUAUGUCUGCCUCUGCUCUAAUGUACUAUGAUUGAUUACCGCAUCUGGUUACUCCAAUCAUAUUGUGAUGCCCCCUGACAAAUAUUAUGGGCUCUGAGUUUGUUAAAGUUGGUGUCUUGGUAAUUUUCGCCGCAGCUCUUCUGAGUUUUGUACAAUUGCUAAACCAAUUAAUUGCUGGAAAAUUUUCGGUCAUCUGGUGUAACAUGCAAUGAGACAAGAGUUGCGAGUGCAAAAAUCUUUUGCAUUGGUUGUGAUUCUUUCCUGAUUGUCUUCAUUAAAUUACUCAUUGGCUAACUUGGCUGAGGGGCUCUUGGAUAGUGGUCUUGAUAUGCAUCAUAUUAGUGGAAUGGUACUAUACUGCUGCUUUAGUUAUGUAACAAAAUUUAUGGAAGCAAAAAACUUUGGAAGGAACACUAAAACAAAAGAUACCAGCCUGCAAGGGCCCCUGUUUUCUGGAUAUUAUGGUUGAUCUUCAGGUCUACCAGACUGUUAGAAUGAACCUACAUUAGGUUUAGAUUAAGAGUUAAUUCAAUACAUGCAAAUAAGUUUAAGCCAAUUUUUGUGAUUAAUUAUUUUGUGUAACCUGCUAUACUUGUCCCGCAUGGUCUGUUUCCUUUGUUCUAUUAAUUUCUCAGAUAGUUGAUGGAAUAAUUUUUUUCUUUUCUUAUCUUCAAAUUUCCAUCUAUGCCUCUGGGAUUUCAUUUUAAUGGUGGCAUUGAGGUCAUCUUUGCUGGGCUGUCUGCUUUCUACUUCAUGCCAGCAUUUCACUCUUCAAAGCUAUUCUUGGUUCUGUUAGUCGGGUCAGGUCCGUUUAUUUGCAAGGUAUGUAGGGAGGGGAGAGAUGAGCUUUCUCUGUUAAUCCAGUCGGUGGAUGGUCAAGCAUAAAGCAAAAGGUUUUAGAGAGGUUUCUCUAUAUACUAUUGAUGAGGUUCUAGCUGGUAGGUAUAUUGGUGCAAGCCCCAGAAAAUUUUAAGUAUUUGGACAUCUUUCCCAAUAAGCGUUAGUUGAUUAUUUGACACUUGGCACCCUUCGCUUGCGCAUAAGCGUAGGAGGCAGCCUCUUCCUUCACAAGCGCUUGGUAUACACCCUCCCCUCACCUUCUUUCUCCUCCACCAUCUUGUGUUCUUGGUGGUUAAAAUCUUUUGCCACUGUUCAAUACUGCUCGAUCCCUCUCUCUUCCUGGCUACCAUCUUUUGUGAGAUUGGCAAGGGUUUGAAAAUCUCAAAUUGCAUGUGCUUCAAGCCGCCUUUGGUGAUUCAGUGAUUCUUAAUUGAAACUUCAAAAUUGCUGCCACCACCGCCUCCCAUUCUCCUAGUUCUUCUAAUCACUACUCAAUUAAAUCCAUCUUCUCUGUCUAAAUCCCUCCUAUAUUUGCCUAACCCAGAGCCCUAGAUCGAGCGAGGAAUUUUGCCGGCAAGUGAUUGCAGGUUGUAGGUUUUAGUCUUGCUUUGAAAAACUUGAAGAACUCUUAAAUGGCCGAGGCAGAUGAGGAUUUGAAAUCAAGGAGAACGGUUUUUGUAACAGUCGGGACAACUUGUUUUGAUUCUUUAGUUAGAGCAGUGGAUACUCAGGAAGUUAAGGAAGAACUUUUCAAAAAAGGCUAUACUCACCUUCUGAUUCAAAUGGGUCGGGGUUCCUACAUUCCUGCAAAGUCUACUGGAGAAAAUGGGUCUCUGGAAGUAGACUGCUUCACAUUUUCAUCAAGCAUCGCUGACUAUCUGAGAUCUGCAUCUCUUGUUAUCAGUCAUGCGGGGUCAGGGAGCAUAUUUGAGACAUUACGUUUACAGAAACCGUUGAUUGUGGUAGUAAAUGAAGAUUUAAUGGACAAUCAUCAAAGUGAGCUGGCAGAAGAACUGGCGGAGAGAAAACACUUAUUUUGUGCUCGACCCCAAACACUUUACCAAACCGUUGCUGAUAUGGAUUUGGGAUCUCUAAUUCCAUAUCAACCUGGUGAUGCAGCUCCAGUUGCCAAGCUUCUAAACAGUUUUCUAGGUUUUCCAGAUGACUGAGGUGCUGUGGUACCCCUUGCCUAGUUUUAUGUUAAAACUUAAAUGAGGGGGAUUGCUUGAAAUGACUCUUCAAGAUUGGUCCAUCAUUUUGAGUCCACAAUUCCUUGUACCCUGUACUUCAAUUGGGAGCAGAGGUAAGAAAAAUCAAGCUCUUUAAAGUUCAAGUUAACCGAAUGAUAAGGGACGACAAUCCUGUGUGUCAAAAGUAGCACACUUCAACAGCAAAAUCACAACUCUGACUGAUAUUGAUUGAGCAAUUAUGAAUGACUGGUACAACACACUGGAAAGCUUUACUAGGUUGGUGGUGAUAAUAGGGCAUCCAUGUCUGGAAAGAUAAUUUGAACUUCAGACUUGCAAUGUUCACCUAAGUUUGGGCUUUGGCCCUACUUGUAUUCAAUUCAUGCUGGUAUUGUUAAUGUAAUUGUUCCAACACAAUAGGUGUAAUUGCCACAUGAAGUUUGUGACUUUACAGAUGUGACAUUUUUAACUUUUGAAUUUGAAGCCAGUUUGAUGCUUUGAAUGUUAUGUCAGGCAUGAGAUGCUUAGCCCAUGCCAAUGAUGAUUUGUAGCUAAUUUGCCUAUGGUAAGUUGGUCAUCCGGAAGGGACUUGAAAUUA